UCUAAAACCCGGGACACAGCUAUCAGGCCAGCCUCUCUCUCCACCCCACCCCCUCUUUCUGGCGUCCAUCCCCUCCCCAACUCCACCUCUGCUGCUGCCUCUGGCUGUGGACCUGCACCUCUUCCUCAUCUCCGCCAGGCCUGGGGAGCAGUGUGAGCCUGGAUGAGAGCUCCCCCAACCUGGGGCUCUCCCAGGCCAUGGCCCGUGUGCUCCCAGGGAGGAGCCCCGGACCCUGAGCAUCUGCUAGAGGCUUGGCAGAGGCCCCGCGGGGACCGUGUCUUCUGAGGACAAAAGGCGGCGGCCAGCAGGCAGACAGGGAGGGGGGAGGGGGGGACCGGCAGCCAGGCGGGCAGACGGGUAGCAGGGGCCAGUGCUGGCCCCCCUCCCAGCUUGGCGGUGGCAUGAAGAUGGGGGUGGUAGUGUGUAGUUGGGGAAGCACCUGCCGGGACCCCCACCUGCCAGCUAGCUGGGCACCCCAAAGCUGUGUGCUGCCCACCUGGGGUUCCCCAACGCCCCCAGCCCUGUCCAGUGCACCCCUCUGGUGCCUAUAUCCCCUGAUGUCUGCGAUGUAGACCAGCCCGGCUGUAUCCACGGCAACAGAAGCAGGAGUGUCACUGGCUGCCAGAUCACUGAGGGUCCCACAAUGUGGCCUGGGCUGUCAUUUAUCCUGGGUGAGACAGCUUGAGCCCCUCCCUGGAUUCCAAGACAGCCCGGCUGAGAGAGCCCAGGUGCAGCCCAGAAGGACAACUGAUGGAGUCCCCCAGGGCCCAUCGAGGACCGGACUGGCUGACCCCAUAGGGUUGGGAGCAGCCCCUGCCCCUCAGUAUGGCCAACACCACUGGAGAGCCCGAGGAGGUGAGCGGCGCACUGUCUCCACCAUCGGCAUCGGCUUACGUUAAGCUGGUGCUGCUGGGACUGAUCAUGUGCGUGAGCCUGGCGGGCAAUGCCAUCUUGUCCCUGCUGGUGCUCAAGGAGCGUGCCCUGCACAAGGCUCCUUACUACUUUCUGCUGGACCUGUGCCUGGCUGACGGCAUACGCUCUGCCGUCUGCUUCCCCUUUGUGCUGGCUUCUGUGCGCCACGGCUCCUCCUGGACCUUCAGUGCGCUCAGCUGCAAGAUUGUGGCCUUUAUGGCCGUGCUCUUUUGCUUCCAUGCGGCCUUCAUGCUGUUCUGCAUCAGCGUCACCCGCUACAUGGCCAUCGCCCACCACCGCUUCUACGCCAAGCGCAUGACACUCUGGACAUGCGCAGCUGUCAUCUGCAUGGCCUGGACCCUGUCUGUGGCCAUGGCCUUCCCACCUGUCUUCGAUGUGGGCACCUACAAGUUUAUCCGUGAGGAGGACCAGUGCAUCUUUGAGCAUCGCUACUUCAAGGCCAAUGACACGCUGGGCUUCAUGCUUAUGUUGGCUGUGCUCAUGGCAGCCACACACGCUGUCUAUGGAAAGCUGCUCCUCUUCGAGUAUCGUCACCGCAAGAUGAAGCCUGUGCAGAUGGUGCCAGCCAUCAGCCAGAACUGGACAUUCCAUGGCCCUGGGGCCACCGGCCAGGCUGCUGCCAACUGGAUCGCCGGCUUUGGCCGUGGGCCCAUGCCACCAACCCUGCUGGGUAUCCGGCAGAAUGGGCAUGCAGCCAGCCGGCGGCUGCUGGGCAUGGACGAGGUCAAGGGUGAAAAGCAGCUGGGCCGUAUGUUCUACGCGAUCACACUGCUCUUCCUGCUCCUCUGGUCACCUUACAUUGUGGCCUGCUACUGGCGAGUGUUUGUGAAAGCCUGCACCGUGCCCCACCGUUACCUGGCCACCGCUGUUUGGAUGAGCUUCGCCCAGGCUGCCGUCAACCCGAUCGUCUGCUUCCUGCUCAACAAGGACCUCAAGAAGUGCCUGAGGACUCACGCCCCCUGCUGGAGCACAGGAGGUGCCCCGGCUCCUAGAGAACCCUACUGUGUCAUGUGAAGCAGGCUGGUAGGCAGACAGGCAGGGAGGAGGUCAUAGCCACCAGGCUGGGGCCAACAGAGGGGAGAGGUGGGGCCUCAUACUGGAGCCUUUCUUUCUGAGCUCCAGCCCCAACUCCUCGAACCACCUGGAAUCUAGGCACCAUUGCCAAUACCUCCCCAGGGUUGGGGACUGGGUGGGGGACUGGGAAAGAGGCAUUUCUAGUCCUGUGGGGCCUGUCUCCGCCACCUCCUUCUCCACUUCUACAAUCUCUCUCUCUCCUCUCUCUCUCUCUCUCUCUCACUCUCCCCCUCUCAGAUGUGACAAUUCAGAAAAAGAAAACAAAACUGAAAAUGCAGGUUUUUUUCUACUAACAGCUGAGGAGACAGGCUUUCUUGCUUUAAUGUCUCUCCUGACAUUGUCCAGAAGGGGGAAAUUUGUCCUGUAAAAUAGAUUUCCAGAGCUCUUAUUGUUCCCUCUGCUCCCACACACCUUCCCCUUCCAAGUCCUUUAGCAAGGACUGGAUGUUUAGGGAGAAACUGAUCUGCUGACAAAAGGGACCGAAGAAGGUGCUGGGUCCCCAGGGAGCAAGGGCUGUUUAGUUGCUAUGUUGUGUGCAAUGUUGUUUUAAGCAAACUCUGGUCCCAAGCCCUGUCUCCUCUCCCUCCCCACACUGUCCUGACCUCCCAAGUGUUUCCUGAACAUAUGUUUGAGAAGCCAGGAGGGGAGGGAGAAGGGCCUCUGUGAUGGGCCCAGGUUAGGUGAAGAGCAGGAUGUGAGCUACACACCUUGAGCUGAAGAGACCCCAGCUUGGCUGCACUCUCUUGAGCUGCCUCCUGGAUCUCCAUCCCCCAACUCUUCUUCCUGAGGAUGGAAAUCCACCCCAACCCCACCGGGGUCGAUGUGGGUGCCAUAGGGGCAGGAGCAACCCCCACAUAAACACAUGAGGAAGUGUAGGGAGAAUGUCAAACUUUCCAGAGUGGCUGAAACCCAAAGCCUGGGGUCAGAGUGAAAUUCAACCCCAGAAUUGCCUCCUGGGUUCAUGCUACUUUCCUGAAGAUGAAAAUUCUUUGAGGGCCUUGGUAAGUCAUAGUGGUAUAAGCUCCAAGGCACUGUGGACUUGAGUCCAUUCCUCUCUGACGUUUUUUUUUUGUUGUUGUUGUUUUGUUGGUUUUUUUUUUUUUUUUGUCCC